AUGCCGAUCCUCUUGCCAGACUUGGUGAACCUCCUGUGGCACAACAAUUCACCUCUUGCAAUGAAGGCCCUGGGGGUCCUCAGAAAUGUGCUGGGGCACCCAGAGAGGGAGGAGGGCAGUGCCAUUGCCGUGCAGGUCUCCAGGGAAGCCCUCCUGGCCUCAGCAGAGCUCCUCAAGUGGAAGGAGCUCAAACAGCUGGUGGAGACGUUGCAAACAUGGAGGAUCAGACUGGAAGGGACACUGAGGGGCUUUGUCGACAACGCCAAAUUGGGAGGAGCUGUUGGCUCCCUGGAAGGCAGGGUGUCCCUGCAGAGACACCUCGACAGAUCAGAGGAAUUGGUAACCACCGACCACAUGAAGCCUGACAAAGACAAGCGCUGGAUUCUGCCCCGGGAUAUGAUUUUGGGGGUACGCCGGGCCGGGGGCUUCACCCGCCGGGUGGGGGUCGAGUGCUCCAGCGCGGCCGAGGCGCUGGAGGCCGCGGGGGCGGGGGCCGACAUCGUCCUGCUCGACAACCUGCCCCCUGAGGAGCUGCACUCGGUGGCGGCGCAGGUCAAGGCUGCGCACCCCGGGGUGACGGUGGAGGCCAGCGGGGGGGUCGUUUUGGGGACCCUCCCCCAGUUUUUGGGUCCCCACAUCGACGUGGUGUCCAUGGGAUGCCUGACCCACAGCGCCCCCGCCCUGGACUUCGCGCUGCGGGUGCUGGAACCCUAAAAUCCGUCCUAAGGGGGCCCGGAAAGCCACCCCGACCCCCUAAAAUCCCCCCUUUGGAAGGGGCACCCUGAAAUCCGGCAGUGGGUCCUCCCAGCCACCAGGGGGCGCCAACGCCUGAGCACCCCAACCCUCCCAAUGUCCAGGGGACCCCAAAAUUCAUCCCGGGGCCUCCCAAAGCACCUACUG